CAGACGAUUGGCUACAGGGACAAGGAUGCGGCAGCCUGCGUGACCGGAAAGCCGAUCAUCGCGGGAGGUAUUCACGGACGUGUUUCGGCCACUGGUUUGGGUGUGUUGCAAGGUCUUGAGGUGUUCGUGAACAAUGAAGAGUACAUGAAAGCAGUAGGACUGACCACUGGCCUCAAGGGCAAGACGUUCAUCAUUCAGGGAUUCGGUAAUGUCGGAACGUAUACGGCUCGUUUCUUGUGCCAGAACGGUGCCAAGUGUAUUGGUGUACAGGAGUGGAACGGUUCGCUGGUGAAUCCCGAUGGCAUUGACCCGGUGAAACUGGACGAAUACCGAAACGGCAACAAGGGAGACAUCCGGGUAAGCAGCAUUUGCCGGAGAUUGCGGCGGGUAAAGAUUUGCGGGGAUAAAGCAGAUAAUCGGGCAGGGAAUUGGGAUUGA